GCUACUCCAAAUGGGCAGAGAUUUGAAUCGCAAAGUUCCUUUCAAAAGGUUCUUGGAGCUGAGCAGAGGAAGAAUCUCCUUGCGACAUGGGCCUGGCGGCGUAAGAGACCCCGAGGCCAUGCUUGGACUUUGCCUGGCUCCACUUGUAUUUCUCCUGUUCUUGAUUGACUGGAACUAUUUCCGUCAGCGCGCAUCUCCCAACUUUUCUGUUCUAAAGGGAGAGCAGCUGAAUUUCAGCCAUGAGGUAGAGGAAGAAGCGGCGCGACAGUUCAGAGCACUGAGAAGGAACUUUGCUCGGAUGGUUAUUUUGGAUGGUUGUGGGGCGCUGGGCCUGCUAUUGCUGGGUGUGCACACCCUCCGGAUUUGGACUUAUGGUACGGAAUACCUUCCUGCAGACGAGAUUUACCACACCUACACGCUGAUCGUUUGGCAAGGAGUCUGUGCUGUUUUCCAUAGCGGACUCUUGAACUUUGGCGAUCUCGAAUCCGUCUUGUUCCUGUAUGCCUUCAAUUUGAUCACCUUGUCCUUGGCAUUCUCCCCCAAUGCUCUGAAGCUGGAGCCUUAUGUGAUGAUUGGGAGGAUCAUCGGAUCUCUGGCCUUUUUGGAUCUUCGACAUGGCCUUUGUAUUAAUGUGCUCUUCAGUGCUCGCAGACUACACUUCUUGUUUGGGACUUUCUCAAUUUCAGAUGGUCUGAUGAUCUUCGUCCAGGAGGUUUGCGUGACGACUUGUGUCCUGUUGAUCCCUUGGGCGAUCGAGGUCAUCGCACGGCAGUGGAUCUCGCUGAUGCUUUCGGCCUCUGAUUUGGAAACUGCUCUACAAGCUGCACGGACAGUGAUUGCCUCCGCAGCUGAUGCUCAAGGAGAGCUGGACAAAGACUUGAAGUUGAUGCAGGUUUCACCCAAAUUGGCGCACCUCUUCCAAGCGAAGACGGAAGAAUUGGAGGGCCGAUCUUUCCUUGAGCUCUUGGCAGAGGAUGACCAUGAACGCUUUCAGAAUGUGCUGCGGUCUGCCUACGAAUUGGCGGAACAGCAAGGACAACCAACGCCUUUCAACCUCAAUGUCUCCAAGCGCCAUAGCCAGAAGGACUUGGAGAUCCACAUCUGUUCGAUGCCCAAGGAAAGGAGACGCGGUCCGCAGUUCUUCUUUGCGAUCACGGAGGUGCGAGAGAAGUUGAAUGAUGGUGAUGAAGGCGAAUUGGAAGCCGAGAAGGUUUUGGCCAAGAAUGGGACAGCUCCGCGGGACGGGGAGCCACCACGCUUGACGGCAGAAGCGCUGGCCACACACUCUUGGGCGACGCCCGUGCCGAAUUGCAGCAGUCUUUGGGAGGUCAAGGUUCUUCUAGAUGAAGCGAGUCUUGAAGUACAUGAAAUCAAUCUGACUCUGAACACCAACCAUUGGAAAAAGAGCCGGAAGACUUUUUUGAAAGAAUGCAUCCUCCCCGGAGCCUGGGAUGACCUGAAGCGAUGGAUCCAGGGAUCCUUGAAGGGACGCCCAGGUGAUCCCCCCUUCAUUGUACCAUUUGGCUUUCCUCGCAUCAUGAGUGCGAUUGCUUGUGCGCGAAAUGUUGAGUUGAAGCGGAAGGUCGGCUCCACGGGCCGGAACGAGCUCAGCCUGCGAUUGAAGCACAUCUUCGUCCGCAGGCCAGUGGUCCCUGCACCACCUCCCGUGGGUCGCUCCACGUCUCAGAGGAGUCACGACACACUCUGAGUCUUCGCGAGGAUCAAAACUGGAACCGGAACACCGGAACCGCUCUUGGCUCUUUUCCGUGCUUGUUUAAAAAGACGUUCGGUUCUUGGAAACGAGUUCGGAUCACUCCGGUCCUUUUUUUCUCAUUUAUUUCUAUCGACAUAGUUUGAC